GGACAUCAAGUGCAGAGGUAUCAAUAAAUCUUGAUCAAGUUCUUGAUCAAGAAUUUUCAAGAAAAAAAAUCUUUAAAGAACUUGUGCAGAUUUUCUCUUUCUGCAAGACGUGGGAACACUGAUCCAUGGAUUACAUCCGAUUUUAGUGGUGUAGGUAGAGAUAGGAAAGAUCCUACUCUAACUUGUUGGGAUCUAUUAGUAAGAUAGUUUUCGAAGCAUUGGAGACAUAGAAGAGAAAGAUCUAGGAUGCAUAGACGAGAAGUUAUAAUUUGGUAAGGUACGUUAUCAAAAGCUUUUGUCAUAUCAAAUGCGACCAAGACGCUAUCCACUGGCGGUUGCGAAUUUAAAUUGUUUGUGAGGUUGUGUAAAAGACAAAGAAGAGCAUCAAUGGCUGGCGUCUUAGGACGAAAACCAAACUGGUUUGUUUGAAAAAAAAUUAUUUACGAUCAAAUCAUGAAACAGUUGAUCGUAAAUAAAGCACUCUAAGAUUUUACUCACAAUCGCCAAAGAGAUAUUGGUCUGUAAUUAGACAUAAUAGUUUUAGAAGUUUUUUUAUGAGAAGGAUUAACAAAAGCUAGUUUCCACUGAUGAAGAAAGCAUCCAGUUUCUAUUGAAGGCUGAAAUAUACGAUAAAGGUGAUGCGCAAACGGUGCAACAUUCUUUUUUAAGAGAACCACUGAUAUAUCAUGAGGGGAUUUAAUUUUUAAAUCGAUUUUAAAGUUUUAAGUUUUUUAUUAGAAGAAAAAAGAUUAAUUUUAUUUGAGGAGAAGGUCAUCAACUCUUUCUUUUGUGAAGUGCAUUAUAGUACAAUUACUCAUUCAAUAUUAUAAAAAUCAUGUUAUCAUCGUAUGCGAAAAGCUAGAAGAAUCACUACGAAGAAUAGCGGAGACACUUUACACUGUAUUCAUACUGAAUUUCAUAAAGUCUCUAAUCUUGUAUUAACUGCUUUCCGAUUAUCAAACAGUGUUGAUGAGAAUAACUUUGUGUGGAUUUGAAUAACGAAUUCAUUCGAUAGCCUCCUUUAUCGAUAUAUGCCGUUUCACCAGCUAAAAAUUCUGCUUUAAAGCUGAAUCUAGCCGACCUUUCAAGGUUUUUCAUUUAUGACGUCUACAACUAAAUAUAUUGUAAUACACCGCGAAAAUCUUCAGCUGAGCCACUGGGGCUGAAAAACGUUCGGAAAUGUGGAUGAGAUCUUUGUGCCGAACAGUGUAACUCGUCAAGCUGAUUCGGAAUAUGUAAAAAAUCUCUAGGCAUUCUUCUCUAAAAAAAAUGAAAUUCUGAUAUGUACUAACGGACUGUUUUGUUUAAAAUAGUUAUUCUAGAAAAUUCUUUAUUUAAAAGUCAAAUUCUAGAAUUUCACCAUAAAAUCCUAAGAACAUCUUUGAAUGGUAUGUACUCAUCUCAAACAAUUUUUUGUGCCGAUAAUUAUGCAACCUGAAACUAAUGUGUAUAUUGCCAAAAGACACUAUUUUAGUCUUCAAUAUAACCAGUGUUAUGUAAUGUGUGUUUAUUCAUGCAUAUCAAAAAGACGAAAAAGAAAGACACAUAAAAUAUAUUUAAGAACAAGAAAAAAAGCACAAAAAUGAUUGCAGAAAAUGGUCAAAAGUUGGAUACAAAAGUUUAAUAAACACGCACUCCUUGAAAAAUGCAUUAAUCGAAUAUAUUAAAUUGUUCAGGUAUGAACGAACUCAAAAAUUGAUGGUUUUGUAUUAGGAUAUGACGGCUAAUUUUUCACUUACAUCAUAAGUCAAAAACUUCUAAUUUGUAUCGUAUUACUUUUUUAGCGCGCAUAUGUACUAUCAUCACUGUUCGAAAAGAAGAAUUAAAAUGUUUUUACUAUUUCCUAAAUUCACAAUGAAUAUCAAGAGCUGAUUAUAAGUUUAAGUGGUGGCAUAUGGAACAUAUAGUUAAAUUAUUUUUUAUCUUAAUUACAAUAGGUUUUCUAUUUAUAUUUAUUAGCUUUGGAAUCACAAAUACGUUAAAAAAAUUUUAUGAAAAUAGGCUAGCUGAAUUUAUUGAUAAAGAAAGCAAAUGUGUUUCUACAUUAAAUUUCAAAGACACUUUCUUUAAAUGUUACAAUAAUAAUAACGCUCAAUUUCUAAAAGAAUUCUAUCAAUUAGAUUGCGACAAUCUAUUUCUUAAAAAUAUUUCAUUAGGCAUUAUAAAAACAAGCAAGAAUAAUGAUGUGUGUGAAUUAUUUAAUGAUUCACUUGAUGAUAAUGUAAAUCAUACAUUAUAUUCAAGAAUUAAACAUGAGUUUAGCUUUUUUCAAAAGAAAAUCGAUCUAAAUGAUAUUGCAAAUAUGUCAUGGGCCUGUCCUGGUUGUCAUUAUAUUCAAAUUAUUGAUAGUGAAUUAUAUAUUGUGCCACGUAAUGCAGUAGGACGUUUUAGAAAUCGACCAAGAAGCACCAAAACUAUGUUACAACAGGUUGUUGAUAUAUUUAAAUCAUCAAUAGGAGAUUUAGAAAUGUUUAUUCAAGUUCAAGAUGCUGUUCAAUUGAGAUCUAGAGAUUUAGAGAAAAUGCGACAUAAUGUGCCCGUAUUUGGUUAUUCAAAAACGCAUAAAGAAGGACCGGUUGGUUUUUGGGGUAUGAAUCCAAAUGGUAUUAUUCUUAUUCCAUGUUUUACAUUUUGGAUACAUGAAGGACCAGGUCUGGGCCGAUGGCGUUCGCUUUUAGAAACACUGCCUAAGGUAGCAGAUAAAAUAAAGUGGGAGAAUAGAAUUCCGAAGUUAUUGUUUCGUGGUGCACGAACUGGUGAUCGCUAUUGGUUAACGGGAAUCGGUGAAAGAAGAAAUGAUUCAUUAUUAGAUAUAGAGUUUAUGGAAUGGAAAUCUGGAAAUCGAAGUCGUUAUUAUUCUGACAAUUCUAAAACAUUAGAACAAUUUUGUGAAUAUAAAUAUUUAUUACAUCAAGAAGGAUGGUCCUAUUCGAAUAGACUGAAAUAUUUAAUGGUUUGUGGUGCCCCUGUUAUAUAUGCCAAUUUCUUUGAAUGGGAAGAACAUUGGUAUCAAUUGUUAAAACAUGAUUAUAAUGUACUGAUAUUUAAAGAUAAAUAUAAUGAAACAUUGUUCAAAAAUUUGACUCGCUCAAUAGUUCAAGACGAUAAAAAAGCCAAGUUGAUCGGACAAAGAAGUCGAGAAUUAGUACAAAAAUAUUUGAGUGAACAAGCUAUAUUCUGUUAUCUACGAAAUGUAUUGAUAGAAUAUUCUAAUUUAUUUAGCUACAAGCCAGUGAAACAUCCAACUGCCGUUAAAAUUGAUGACUAUAUAUUGAGUACGGAUGAUUGA